AUGAGCGACACAGACGUGCGUAUCAAAUAUGCUGUCACCAAAACAUCUAGCCGCGGGAAAAAGCAACCUCGCUCACUGGUGUUGACAUCGAAGUCCGUGCAGAAUGUGAUGGGUAACUCCAUUCAGUGGGAAAGACCCGUUCAGGAGAUAUAUGGAAUCCACCGCUCAACAAAGGAGCCGAAGGCCUUUGUGAUCUCCUUUUUGCAGACCUACCGCUUCGAUGUCGAGUCUGCCGACCAGGUCUCCUCGAUAGUCUCUGCAUUUCAAAGACUAAAUCUUGGCGAGGUCUUUGUUGAUGACAAGAUCGGUGCUUAUGGCCUCCAAACAGACAAAGGUAAGGGCUACAAGAAGGGUCAUGUUAAUGUCUCAUCGGAUGAAGACGGAGACAUUGGGGCUACUGGAGCUGUUUCUCAGGCGGCAGAUGCACCUGCUUCUUCAGGUCAGAAGGAUAGACCUCGCACUACGAUACUGGAGGAUGACCUGGACGAGAAUAUAGAGUACGUUGAGGACACACGUGUUCUGGCGCACCAGAUAGAAACCCUUCCAGAGACAGAAGUCCUUGAAACUUUCUGCAACCCUGUUGCCGCCUAUAAAUUCGUGCGGCCCCCCAUCUUUCCGCAGGUUCCUCCCUCGCAUGCCAAGGUGAUGAGGCCUCAGAACUUUGAGCUUGUCUCUGUCGUAGGCAAGGGUUCGUUCGGUAAGGUCUUUCUGGUUCGUCGCGUUGAGGACAACCGCUUCUUCGCCAUGAAGGUGCUUAAGAAGCGCAAUGUUCUGGAUCGCCGACAGCUCGAGCACCUCAAGGCCGAGCACAACAUUCUGCAGAGCUUCAACCACCCGAACAUGAUCAAGCUCUAUCACUCCUUCCAAACGCGAACGCGCCUGUUUCUCGUGACAACGUUUGCAACUGGUGGAGAGCUCUUCUAUCACCUGAAGAAAAUAGGGAGAUUUCCAGAACCCCUUGCUGUCUUCUACCUGGCUCAGAUAGUUCUCGUGAUCGAGUACUUGCACAAGCACGAUAUCGUCUUCAGGGACAUGAAGCCGGAGAACCUCCUUUUAGAUAACCAUGGGAACAUCUUGCUCACUGACUUCGGUCUUUCCAAGACUGGCAUUUCAGCUGACAAUUCUGGGGGCGCAGGGGUCUGCUCGGGAAGCUUCUGCGGCACCCCUGACUACCUCUCUGGGGAGAUUAUCUCUGGCGUACCGCAUGGCAAAAUGGUAGAUAUCUGGGCCUUGGGCGCCCUGCUCUUUGAGAUGCUUGUUGGGUCUGCACCGUUCUCCUACGCCAGUUCGACGAGUACCCACGGAGGCAACGCCCGCUCUGAACUAUAUAGACGCAUCCUUAAGAAUAUCAUCGUGUUCCCGGUCUUCAUCAGUGCAGAGUGUAAGAGCUUUAUAGCUAAAUGCUUAAGCAGGCGUCCCAAGGAUAGGCCAAACUUCGAUGAAAUCAAGAAGCACGAGGUCUUCCGAAAGAAUAAGAUUGAUUUCGAUAAGCUAUACAGGAAAGAGAUCCAACCUCCGUUUAAGCCCAAACUUGAGCAGUCGUGUAUCCUUGCGGUGGACGGGAAGCUACUGAAGAAUCCUCUAGACAAUAUAUAUCGCUACAUAGCCCCGGAAGCGCUUGUCGUCAACUUUGAUGCUAAGUUCACCUCUGAGUCUCCUAUUCUGCCUCCUUCCACACAGACCGAUAGCGUCACGAUGCAAGAGGAUAAGAAUUUCAAGGACUUUGCGUGGACUGCACAGGACGCAUUUGAUAAACUAUAG